UUUAUUUUGUACUUAUAAUUUAGCUAUGCUAUGAACAUUACUUUUUCCAACUAGAAAUACUAGAAGCAACUAAAAGCUGGGAGGAAUAAAUGCUAUGGGUCCCAGACACCCUCAUGUGGGACCUUGCCAAACAUGUGCAGGAAUAACAGUUGGCUCUGGUAAUGGCAGGCUGCUGGAGCCUGAGACAGGCCUAACUUGGAUAAAACCCUUCUACAUUGUUUGAGAGAGCCGCAGUGCCUGGCUCUGUCUGCUCUACCCAUUCUUGCUCCACUCUGUCUGCCCUGUCACCCGCUGUGUGCUACCCAGUUGCCCUCAAGGUAAAUCAGACAGGCCAAAGCUCUAUUGAGACACAAGAGUGAUCAGUGCUCACACCCUGUGGCAGCAGUGCCAUGGAGUCCUAAGCACUGUGUAGCUAGGGGUCACUGAGCCUGAGCAGACUUCUGGAAAAAAAGGACACUCUGUAUAAGAAGGAAAGCAGCUGGCAGCUGAGCCAGGGGGGCUGCUCGCCAGGCUCAGAAGAGUGGCCUCAGGUGGGAGGGGCAGCAACCAGCUGAUGGGCACGGCCAUCAGCACCUUUUGUGACUGGAGUGUCCAGUGUGAGGAGGGGAUGAGCAGGCACCUGGGAGGUCAGGAGGUGGGUUUUCUGCAAUAUAUAGAACUGGGAUUGUCUCCUGGAGGAGUGCCUGUCUCAUCUCAAGCCUCACUGUGGAGUCAGAAUGCCAUAAAGCAGAGUGAGGGCUGUGGCAGCUUUUUAGCUCCACUGUUAUCCAUUUCCUUUCAGGAAGCAUUACAACCUAGUGAAGUUAUUAUCUAUCUCUGAUACAUUCUGAUGUAUUUUAAAAUGAUAAAUCAUUUGCAUUACCCUUACUGGCUCCAUGCUGAUGUCCUGCAUAGCUGUCUGGGAAAUGCCACUGGGGCAGGGGCUCUGCCAGCACCCCUCAGAGCCUGGCAUGGUGGCCCUGUUGGCUGCCACCCUCACAAAGGAUGAGACAUCCAACAAGGCUGCUUUUCACAUUGACUGGGUAGGUUCCGAAGAGAACUAACAUUAGGGGUUCACAAACUGAAGUUAGCAUACAUUUGGUGUAAGAAGGAUAUCUGGAGAAGCUUGAUGCCAACUCUCUUUGCUUCCUCCUGAGCUUAAGCACAUGUGAGUGAGAUCUCUGCUUUGGGAGGGGAGUGCCAAUGUUAGAGUGGGAUUAGGUUGUCAUGCUUUUCUAGUCUUCAUCCACAGAUUUUGGAGAGCUAGUCAAUGUGGGCUGCAAGUGCAAGGUGAAGAACCUGCUCUGAAGUUCAGUGUCUAGUGCAAGGAGUAGAGACACGUGAUUGACAACUGCAGUCUGUGUGCUGCAGGAUGGGGACAGGGCUGUGAGAGCAAACUAGGGAGUUCUGUGCAGAUGGGGGUCAGGGAAAGCCUCUGGGGAGUGAGGCCAGACCUAGAGCCUGAAGAAAAGGGAGGGGUUUGGCUCAUGGGGUAUACAGCAGGGGAAGGAGAGGGUGCAAAGAAGUCCAGCCAGACCACUAAGGCUGAGUUAAGACAGUGUAUUUGAAGCAUCAUCAAGGCUAUGGUGUCAGAAGCAAGUCUGGAGACUGGCUCAUUGUGCUUGUGGUUCAGGUAUGGUCCCCAGAGUGGCAGACCAUCUGUGGGGAGAAGCACUCAGAGUGGUGGAACCUUUAGGAGCUUGCUCUGCUACCUGCUCCAGUCAUUGCCCUUGGCAUCCUCAUCAGAACUACAAAGUGACAGGUCUUCCUCAUCGUGGACUAGAACCUUCAGAACCAUGAGCUAAAUAAACCUUUUUCUUGUGCAGAGAAGGAAUCACCCCAGUGAUGUGAGGGAAGGGAAAGCAAGGGAUGAAGGAAGAUGUAUUCGCGUAUUGAAGGACCAAUCCUGCUCCUGGAAGAAUUGAAUGCAAAAUGACCACCAGUUGUGGCCCCUUCCUGUCUGACUGGAGGAGGCAUCCUGAUGAUCCUUUGACGUCUGUUCACCUUGGCACUCAGGAGACAGGUGGCAAUGUCCCAGACACAGGAUUAUGAGUGCCGGAGCCAUCAUGUUGACGGGCAGGAGUCCAGGAUUCCAGGAUCAAGCACCAGGCUGGAAUGGGUGGAGAUCAUCGAGCCACGCACCCGAGAGCGCAUGUAUGCCAACCUGGUCACAGGCGAGUGCGUGUGGGACCCCCCAGCUGGCGUGCGCAUCAAGCGCACCAGCGAGGAUCAGUGGUGGGAGCUCUUCGACCCCAACACAUCACGCUUCUACUACUACAGCGCUGCCUCGCAGCGGACCGUGUGGCACCGCCCGCAGAACUGCGAUAUCAUCCCGCUGGCCAAGCUGCAGACGCUGAAGCAGAAUACCGAAUCCCCGCGAGCCUCAGCAGACAGCAGCCCCGGACGCGGCAGCCGUGAAGGCAGCACUGGCUCCUCAUUGGAGCCUGAGCCCGAUGCUGCUACUGAGAGGGUGCAAGAGCUGCCAGCCAGGGUCGGGCGCCAGGUGGCUCUGGGAAGCGCCAGGGAAGAGAGCGGCAGCUCCUCCCCACCAGGAAUGCUCCUUGAGAAGGACUGUGAAGUUUACCGUGAUUACAGCGUGGAUGGCCAGCUCCUUCACUACAGGACGUCCUCCCUCCGAUGGAACUCUGGCACCAAAGAGCGCAUGCUCAUCAAGGUCCCUGACCGAGAGCCCAGCUUCCUUGCCCCUCAGGGGAAUGGCUACACACUGGAAGGCCAGCCUGGGGGCCGCCCCCGCAGACCCUCUGGCAGCCAGCACUCACCCAACCUGCAGACGUUCACCUCUGAUGCAGAUGGCGCUGUCUUCUUCCCAGAGAGGCGGCCCUCACCUUUCCUGAGGAGAGCUGAGCUCCCUGGGAGCUGCUCCCCAAUACUUGCACAGACUCGGAAGGCCUCCAGUGACUCACAGCCCUCCUCCCCACGCUAUGGCUAUGAGCCUCCACUCUAUGAGGAGCCACCUAUUGAGUACCAGGCUCCCAUCUAUGAUGAGCCCCCCAUGGACAUGCAGUUUGAGGUUAGUGGCCCCUACCAGGCUGGCUCCCCACAGAGGUCACCAGGCCGAAAGCCUCGCCCAUUUCUGGCCACCACCAAGCAGGCCCCUGCUUCACCCUGCCAGCAGCUGGUGCGCACCAAGCAAAGGUGCCCUGAGCGCUUCCUGAGCCUGGAGUACAGCCCUGCAGGCAAGGAAUAUGUCCGCCAGCUAGUGUAUGUAGAGCAGGCAGGCUCCAGCCCCAAGCUGCGCUCCGGGCCCCGGCAUAAAUAUGCACCCAACCCUGGAGGUGGCUCCUACUCCCUGCAGCCCAGUCCCUGCCUACUGAGGGACCAGCGCCUGGGAGUCCUGUCAGGAGACUACAGCACCAUGGAGGGGCCUGAGCCACGACACAGCCAGCCACCCACACCACUGCCACAGGCCCAGGAGGAUGCCAUGUCCUGGUCCAGCCAGCAGGACACCAUGUCCUCCACAGGCUACUCCCCAGGCACACGCAAGCGGAAGAGCAGAAAGCCUUCUCUGUGCCAGGCCCCCAAUACCUCCUCCACUGACGGCCCAGGGGACCUGCUGGGCGAGCAGCCCCUGGCCGAGGAGUGCUCCCCAUGCGGGCCUAGCCUUGCCCAGGUGAAGCGUGCAGAGGCUGAGGCAGAUGUUGCACGGGGUGCAGCUGAGCCCUUCCUGGCGCAGGCACGGCUGGCCUGGGAGGCACAGCAGGCCCACUUCCACAUGAAGCAGAGGGGCAGCUGGGACUCCCAGCAGGAUGGCUCAGGCUACGAGAGUGAUGGUGCUGUGCCACUGCCCAUGCCAGGGCCUGUGGUGCGUGCCUUCAGCGAGGAUGAGGCACUGGCCCAGCAGGAGAGCAAGCACUGGAAGCGGAGCACCUUUGAGAAGCUGGGCUUCCCCCAGGUCCUGCUAGAGAAGAGUGUCUCUGUGCAGACUAACCUGGCCUCCCCGGAGCCUUACCUCCAUCCCUCCCAGUCUGAGGACCUCGGUGCCUGUGCCCAGUUUGAGAGCAGCCGGCAGAAUCGCAACGCAGUGCCCAGCUCCAGCUGUGUCUUCCCCACCUUCACUCUCCGCAAGCCGUCCUCAGAAACAGACAUUGAAAACUGGGCCUCCAAGCAUUUCAACAAGCACACCCAGGGCCUCUUCCGACGGAAGGUAUCCAUCGCAAACAUGCUGGCCUGGAGCAGUGAGUCCAUCAAGAAGCCCAUGAUUGUGACGAGCGACCGGCAUGUGAAGAAGGAGGCCUGUGAGAUCUUCAAGCUGAUUCAGAUGUACAUGGGUGACCGGCGGGCCAAGGCUGACCCCCUGCAUGUGGCUCUGGAGAUUGCCACCAAGGGCUGGAGCAUGCAGGGCCUGCGGGAUGAGCUCUACAUCCAGCUGUGUCGCCAAACUACUGAGAACUUCCGCCUUGAGAGCCUGGCCCGUGGUUGGGAGCUUAUGGCCAUCUGUCUGGCCUUCUUCCCACCCACACCCAAGUUCCAUUCCUACCUGGAGGGCUACAUCUACAGGCACAUGGACCCCGUCAAUGACACCAAAGUGACACAGCACAUAAAAGAGCUCCUGGAAAGGAACACUAAGAAGAAAUCCAAAUUGAGAAAGAAACCCAAGCCUUAUGUUGAAGAGCUGGAUGGGGUGGCGAUAAGCACCUAUGCCAAGUACUGUUACCACAAGCUGCAGAAGGCGGCCCUGACAGGGGCCAAGAAGGGGCUGAAGAAGCCCAACGUGGAGGAGAUCCGGCAUGCCAAGAACGCCGUGUUCAGCCCAUCCAUGUUUGGCAGCUCACUGCAAGAAAUCAUGAGCAUGCAGAAGGAGCGCUACCCUGACAGGCAACUGCCUUGGGUACAAACGCGGCUCUCCGAGGAGGUGCUGGCACUCAAUGGUGACCAGACGGAGGGCAUCUUCAGGGUACCUGGGGACAUUGAUGAGGUGAAUGCUCUGAAGCUGCAGGUGGAUCAGUGGAAGGUGCCUACAGGCCUGGAAGACCCCCACGUCCCUGCGUCGCUGCUAAAGCUGUGGUAUCGGGAACUGGAAGAGCCCUUGAUUCCGCACGAGUUCUACGAGCAGUGCAUCGCGCACUACGAGAGCCCCGAAGCCGCAGUGGCAGUCGUGCACGCUCUGCCCCGCAUCAACCGCAUGGUGCUGUGCUACCUCAUCAGAUUCCUCCAGGUGUUUGUGCAGCCCGCCAAUGUGGCCAUCACCAAGAUGGAUGUCAGCAACCUCGCCAUGGUGAUGGCGCCCAACUGCCUACGCUGCCAGUCAGACGACCCGCGCGUUAUCUUCGAGAACACUCGCAAGGAGAUGUCCUUCCUGCGUGUGCUAAUCCAGCACCUGGACACCAGCUUCAUGGAGGGUGUGCUAUAGCGAGGGCCAAGGCAGCAUGGGGCCCCGCUGCGGACCAGGAGCAGCCAGGCCGAGGCUGCGCCACCUCACCCCAAGAAGUGCCUUCUGUUCCCGGUGCCGAGCACACUGCCCUCCCCUUCCCAGGCGCGGGGUGGGCGGACGGGGGCGAGAGUAUUUUUUCUUGGGGUACCCAUGAGUCUGGAACCUGUGCAUAGAGAUAUAAAUAGAGCAACAGAGGCCAGGACGUUUGCUAAAAGACACAGUCUAAUCCGACGCCCUUCGCCUUGGGGGCUGACCUCACGUCGCCACCCUGCGGACUCGACCAGCCCUGUGUCGGCUCCGGUCCACCCGGAAUCUGAGUUCCUCCAACUGUUGUUAAAUUUCAUUUACCCCAGUUUUUAUAUAUAUAUUUUUAGAGUUUUUAUUUAUUAAAAAGAAGCCCAAUCCGCCGUGUCCCCUAGAGCAGGGUCCUCCUUCCGGUGAGCCCCGACUUUUUGAGGCGGCUCGGCGCAGGCGCUCCAUCUGGCGCAUUGUGUGAAUAAAGUUCUUGUGAA